AUGCCUCUCCAAUAUCUACCAGCGGAAAUCCUCGACAACAUCUGCCACCAUGCUCCUCUCCCUGACCUCGUCGCUCUCUCCAGGACGAGCUCACUCUUCUAUACAGUCACCCAGCGUAUCCUCUACAGACAUAUCUCUGUUGAUUCCAAGAGUCUCGCCGUCGUUCUCUCCCUCGCAAAGAAACCCUACGUCGCGCGCCAUGUCCGGACAUUUGCCAUUCGCAUUGACCCAUACACCACAGUACUUAACUCAUACUACCGCCGCCUCAGAGAGGCUUUGUCAAACAUGUCCGAACUUACCUCUUUGGAUAUUUCCGUUGACCCUACCGCCAGCUGGGUGCUGCGCAUGAGAUCCAAUGUCAAAUUCCCUCGAUUACAGCAUUUCGCAUCUUCUUUCCCCCUCGACUCCCAUGUUGCCCAUUUCCUCUGCAGGGCUGAGGCUAUCCGGCAGCUCGAGCUUGAUUCUUUCCCCAUAUCCGACCCCAUAGCUCUAUCGAGUCUGCCUGUCACAGCCAUUCCUCAACUGUCUCGUUUCAUUGGGUCUUCUGAGGCUGCUCAAGCAGUCAUUCCGGGUCGUCCAGUGGAGGAAAUACAUCUGAAUUCAGGUGACAUGACAGAAGAUGUCGUGCGGGGCCUUGCCAAAUCCACCGCCUCUGUGCUUCUUCUGGGCGCCUCAACAAGUUCCCUUCCUCUUUCCUUACUUGGAACGCUGGCCGAAUUUAUGCCACAGCUCAAGUACCUCAGAAUGAUGACGACUUACAACUUCUUGGAUGCUCCUGAUGCCGUAAGUCUCCCUAUUAAUAUAUCUAAAGAUCCCACCUUGACAUCGGGCAUCUCGCAGACGUUUUACCAAAGUACUGCAAACGCUUUGGCAUCACUCCGUAACCUUCAUUCUUUCGAACUUUCUGGAAUGCAUUGGGGCUCAUCACGCAAAGACCUUGCUGAUGAGGGAAGGGUCUGGCAGUCGCAGCCGUUGGAAGCCACACCCCCUACCCUGGACGUCGUCGAUCUCUCCGACGUCUAUUUCGCAUAUUGA